GAAAGUAGAAAGAAAAGAAACAGAGGGUUUGGAGAAGACCAAAAAAAUCGGAUCAACAAGCACAAAUAACAUCAAUAAGCAAAGAUAAACCCUCUUGAGACCUAGCGAGAGAAUUACGCAACCAGAUUAUCGAUAAAGUUACUACAGAGAGAAAUGGCGUUGAGGCAGAAGUUAGGAUGGUCAGAGGGAGAUUUGAUGAGAUCAGAUGCAAAGCCAUGUUCAAGGCUGAUGAGACAGACUGCUGCCAUUUUCGCUGUUGGUGGAGCUCUUGGUUUCUGGGUUCUCUGCAGACUUCACUACGGUCCGAGAAUUACAGUGCCGAGGAGUCUACGAUGGGCUGGGUGUGGAGCUGUGUCCAUGAGUGCAUCAACCGCAACACUUGUUCGUCUCUUAAGCCCUGAAUGCGAACCUCAAAACAUUGCUGCAUAUGACCAGCCCAAAACCCCUCAAGCUUCACUCCCUUAAACCAUCAGUUUCAGACUUUAUCUAUCAUGUGUAUGGACCUCAAGUCCUCAACUUUUUGGUACAUUGUUGGCUCCACAUGGAUUUAGGUAACUAUUAAUAAUACUACCAAAUAAUUUGUGACU